AUGUUCUUAAUCCAAAUCCAAUCUCUGUAUCAAUUCCUACUGAAAAUAACAGACACAAAACCCAAACUGACACAUCAGGAGAGUAUUGUCUGUGAAUGGUUGUUCAACUUACAAGGCAAUACAUCAGAUGUGGUUGUCCAGACAAAAUAUGGUCAGACAACAGAAAGAGCAGUUAUGGAAAGUCUAUAUGCAAACACAAAGAUUUUUGGAGAAGUUUUAGACACUUGGUCUGAUUUACUUAACCACCAAGAACUGGAAAGGGAUUUUGGAAAUUCACCAUACAGACUCUUCUUGAAAGUUGGAGUUUCUGUAUUCUUUCCAGUUGUUAGAAGUGCUCACAUUUUUGUGAUUAUCUUCAACUUAAACAAACCGUCAAUUGAAAUUCUAGACAAUAGUGCAGUUGAGGGGGAUUAUGAAGGGAAAUACAGAGUAAUAUUGAAACCUUUGAAAAAUUUGUUUGUAAGAUACUUUAAAGAAAUAAAUCAUCCAAGAGAAAUUGCAAUCUCAAAAGAAAGUACCAAACCCCAACGACUUGAAAUGUCAUGGAGAAUAGUUAAAAACAAAGUUGAUUGUGGGGUCUUUGCAAUGAGACAUAUGGAGACCUAUAUGGGACAACCACUCUCAAAGUGGAAACCAGGUCUUCAUAAAGAAAGUGCAGUUCAGCAAACUACUUUAGAGAAGCUCAGGCAAAGAUAUGCACACAUAAUGCUAAAUUCUGAAAUUAACAUUUUGAAGGCUAAGGUGUUGGAUCUUGCUGAAAAAUAUCAAAAAGUUGAAUUCAAAGUGCGUACUGAUCAUGCAUACAAGGCUAUGCAAACAAUUCAAAAAAGGUUAAAAGAAUAUUGA